AUGGCAAGCGAGUCAUCUCUUGCCACUGACGGCCAGCAUCUAGACAAUCAGAUCGCUCAAGUAAUUCAGGCUUCUUCAAAGCAUGACCUCGGCGCUCUAGAAAAAUGUGUUAACGAAUACUCAUUCCGCGACUGCAAGGUUGUGGAUAUCCAAGAGCCUGCCACUGGCUUCUCGCCACUCCAUGCAGCCAUUGCUUCGUGCAGAUCAUCAGCUAAUGGGGAGGUUAGUGAGGUUGCAUAUCAACAAGACGCUGCGAUCUCAGUAAUUAGGUUUCUGUUGGAGAAUGGAGCAAUAUGGAAUCAGCUAGACCAGCAUGAUGAAACGCCAGGCUGUCUUGCAUAUCGUUUGGGCUUGAUGGAUGUCUACCAGCUCAUGGUAGACGCUGGAGUACGAGCGGAAAUGAUACUGAGUCGACUGGAGGAGUACGAGAGGAUGGAAGAUGAAGAAGGAGAAGAAAGAGAAGAAGAAGAAGAAGCGGAGGGAGAGGAGGAGCGUGCGAACCUCGAUGGUCAAAUUGACAACGGUCAGUCUCAAGACGCCGACGGAAAGGAGGCUCUCGUCCAGCGACAAGACGUUAAUGGCUCAACUUAUCUGUCAUCUGCACUUUCACUUACCAGCAACAGGCUCAUGGACGAGCAGCAGAACGGGGUGAUGAUGGCAUGGGAAAGUGACAUCAUGAAAGAGUCUGCUUCUGCUCUUCUACCGGAGCCAGGUCUCAAGAUUUUGAACAUUGGCUUCGGAAUGGGUAUCAUCGAUGCACACAUCCAGCAAAAUCCGAAUAAACCAGCAAGUCACCACAUUGUCGAAGCUCAUCCAAAUGUGCUCGAGGACAUGGACAGCAAAGCAUGGGCGGAUAAAGCUGGCGUCGUGGUCCACCGUGGGAAAUGGCAAGAUGUCCUCCCACGAUUGGCUGCUGAAGGUGAAAUGUUCGACGCCAUCUAUUUCGACACGUUUGCCGAGUCCUAUUCUGAAUUUCGUGAAUUCUUCUCCGAGCAAGUCAUGGCGCUCCUGGAUCAAGGGGGCAAGUGGUCCUUCUUCAAUGGCAUGGGCGCAGAUCGCCAAAUCAGCUAUGAUGUCUAUCAGAAAGUGGUCGAAAUGGAUUUAUUCGAGGCUGGCUUCGAUGUGGAAUGGAAAGAUGUCGAGCUGCCUAAGCUAGACCAUGAGUGGGAAGGAGUGCGGCGGAAAUACUGGAAUAUCGAUCACUAUCGGCUCCCAGUCUGCAAAUUCAUGGAAUGA